AUGGUCACUCCACACCGCGCACGGCGCUUCCUAGCCUCCCACGCCUCGUCUCACUUAUCGCGGAGCUCUCUCUCGUCCGAGCAGGACUACUUCACACCGCCUCCCACUCGGCAUCCUUCGACCCGUAAAGACAAAGGAAAAGAAAAGGCCACUGAGAAGGACGAUAAUCUAGCAGCAUCUGCUGCUGGAAAGAGUCUAGUUUUUCAAGCAGACUCGGAAAGCGAUGAUCCGGCUCCCUCGAUGGAGCAGCCCCUGCAGAUCGAGCGCUCAGCAGGGAGCAUCAACCCAGGUACAGUGAGAGGAUCUCAGACCUUGGCAGCAGCGAACAACAAGCCUCUCUACGUCGUAUUGCCAGGUCUGCCAGGGGGUCAGCCCGUGCAUUCGAGCACAGCACGCAGCCGGCCUGAUAUACAGAAGUCUACCUCGAGAAGUGGAAAGAGAAAGUAUGUGGAUACACCCCCGACAGAGGCCUCAUCAGUUCACGACUUCUCGAGCAGCCUCUACUCUCGCCCCAAUUCUCGUGUGUUUCGUAGCCAUUCCAAGGCGAUGGACGGUGGAGCAGACGCCAUCAAUCCACUGUUACAAGAUCGCGUUUGCACACCCAGGAAGAGUUUCAGCUUCGACAACGGCCUGCAAGUCCUUGAAGUUCCGGCAGAGCAAGAGUACAGUGCUGUGAGGGGAGCUGGUGUAUGGUCUGGCGGCGUGUGCGAGGAAAUUAGCCGUCUACGCAACGACUAUACGGCCCUAAACAAGCAGAUGUCUGACCUUCGAGGCGAAUUCCGCACGCUGAAAGACGUGCUGUUGCAAGCCGAGUCGGAUCGGCGGUGGCGUGAAAUCGAGUGUAGCUCGUAG